AUGGAGACCAGUGUCGAUGAGAAUGAUCAAGAAGAAGAACGCCGCCGCAAUUACGAGGCACGCCUUGUAGAACAAGGUAUGGCGAGUGAGGUCGCUACCGGAGUUGCAAAUGGAGACUAUGAGUUGCCCUUGUUAGAUCAGCCUUAUGAUCCUUUAUACCCCUCCGGGGAAGAAAGUAUCAUCGAUGCCUACGAGGGUAUUAAAGAAGUGGAUAUUUUAGCGGACACGCAGCACGUUCUUCGCAAACGUCAAAUCUUGGAUACAGUGGUGCCAAUCGCGGAUGCCGUCGCGAUUUACAAUGAAAUGUAUUUCCCGUCUACAAAGGCCCAGUCUGGUCCCCAAGCAACCUCCGAUGGCAAGAAGGGUUGUCAAGAUGACGACGGCCAGCAUUACAUCAAGCCACGAAUGGCAAGCAGUGAAAUUUACUGCCCUCCUGCGACUAUAUCGCCCCAUCUUCCUGUACAUAUUACCGCAGAGCAAUUUCGGGAUAUUUUAAUCGAUGAAGACUUCACUCGGAAGUAUUUCACCUUCAAUGAUACGGCGACCAUUGGCGACUGGAUGCCUCCACUAUACGACCCCAGUCUGACCGCAGACAAAAAUAUAGCGAAUCAUCUCAUCAUGAGAGCUCUCAAAUGGCCUCUUUGCAUGUCUGGCUUCGAGACGCCAGAAACCGUCGCGGCUGCUAUAGAGGCACAGACGAUGGUGGAUCUCUCCCGACGGUUGUUUUUAUGGGCCUAUAAGGCAGCGGCGGAUGUCAUUGGCGAGUUUGUGAUGGACCUUAUCCACCAGGCGCUUCUGGUUCCGGCCAUGGUGGUCCUGAGGGCAGCCGUGGCAGACUUGAAGCAACCGGAUCCAGUCCCAUCGAGGAAGGGCCUGGCAACAUCUGUGGCAGCUCUGGUAUUGCCAGUUCGGGUUUCCCUAACGAAAACUACUUCAGCGCUAGUGGUAGUCCAAGACCAACCGCGGCAGUCACCAUCUGCGCGAAUUGGAAAUACUUCAGUGUUGAAGUCAAAACCCGCGCCAAUCAUCCCUUCAUCCAGCAAGACGUCACGAACAUUAGCAGCGGCAACGAGUCGGCCGGAGCCUGUCGUCCCAUCUUCCACCAAGGACUCAGUGAAGGCAUCACCCCUGAAGACAAAUCUUUCAACGCCUGGUACACCCUCCUCCACCAAAGCCGACCCAAAAAAACCCCGGCCCAAGCCGUCGACCGCAACGCCGAGUCUACCACCACCUAGCAAAGCACCAGCGGUAGCUAGCAAGCUGGAAACACAGCUUGGGAAAACUUCACCUGUUGACUUUCGGGCCGAGAAGUCAAAAUAUCUUAAGCCCGGUGUCCUCUCAACUAGUAAGGCCCUAUCCGUGAGUAGCAAGCCUCAACGCCAAAUUGGUUUGGCCUCGACACAAAAGUUGCCGCAAAAACGACAUCUGUCAUCAUCUCCCUCGUCCAGCUCAUCGCCAAUCCCCUCGCGGUCCUCAAGCCCGUCAUUGCCACAGCCGCAUGCGAGGACAGUUUCGAAGGGAAAAGAGACACAGAUACUUCCUAGGGACAUGGUUGCCGCCACUGCGCAGCGUUCACUGCCAUCCUCGCCCGCGAAAGUUAAAGGUGAACCGCUUCAGAGCCUUGGAGCUGUCGAUAGUCAUGUCGCGCUGCCAAAAACACCAACCAACCGGGUUGAUGUGGUAGGGGGUUUGAAGAUGAAGUUUGAAGAAGUGCAGUCGUCUCUUCAGAAAAAGAAAGCUUUCGAAAUGGCACCAAGCGAACAAAUAGCUGCCCUAGACACAAUACUCACAUCCCUGAUUGAAGUGUUAAAGUAGAACUAGGCUAGGGCAAUUGCAAGCUAGUCGGUCAUUGGAGAAGACUGAUGACUUCGGGUUUUGGGGCACAGAGUAUUCGGCGGAUGUAAUGGAAUGAAUGCUGGGUGCUCCACUCCAAGGUUGUCUAUGUACUAUUUAUUAUAUGCGCAAUUAUUCCUUAAUAUUAUUAUAUCGUUGGUUAUUUGGUUACUAGUAUUCAUUAAUAAUUUCGAAGUGUUUGUUUCCCUUAAUUAAAU